AUGAAGGCUCGACCUGGUGACGGCCCGGGAGGAGUUGGUGCGAGUUUCGUCGGUGGGCUUCUGGCCAUGCUCGUGCCGUCAUCCCGGGUGUCGUACCGUUACAGUGGUCAACGGCCCCGUCCUUCUGAGCAGACGCGCAACACCACUCAGACCGACAGUGCGGCGGCGGAGGAGGAGGAGGAGGACGAGGAGGAGGGGGAGGAGGGGGAGGGGGAGGAGGAGGACGCGGAGGGUAGCGGUGACGAUAGUGAGCCGGGGUGGACACCCGAGACUCAUGGCGGUGGUGGUGCGGACGGGGGAGGAGAUGAGGAUGAGGAGAUGGAAGGGUUGGAGCCAGAGGGGGUAGAGGAGGGGGUUGGUGAGGGAGGAGGGGUUGCCGCGGCUACCGCAGAGGAGGCAUCUCAGCACGUGGGCGGAGGACGGCCGCGCGGAGGUGUUAAGGUUGGGCGAAAGAGGCUGUUGAUUGGGACCAGGAAGAAGAAAGCCGAGAAGGAGAGGACACGGGCGUAUCCUUGCACCUUCAGAGGGGUGGAUCUGGGCGAGGGUGUGGUUGCUCCAGAGUUCCUCGACGAUGAUGGACAGCCCGAGAGUAGCCUGGGGAGUGGCAAGGGGGGGCGGAGGAAGCGGGGGUGGCAAGUACAUAUACAUGUUUAUAACAACCAUGCUCCUCUUAUGCCCCGGCCCACCACGCCCUACCCGAAGCAGGGCCUGUCGAAGACGGACAAGGAUAAGGUCGAGAAAAUGCGCCUGUCUGAAGAGCAGUGGGACAUGUUGAAGGAGCUAAGAACAUUUCUCAGCCCCUUCAACAAGGUCUCCAAGGCAGCCGAGGGGACGGCGUACCUGACGCUGUCGAUGGUGGUGCCGUACUACAACGGCCUCAUCGACGCCAUGGAGGCCCGAUUGGCAAAGGGGCCCUCUGCGCUGCUGAAGCCGCUGGUCGAGAAGGCUCUGCGAAUCCUGAAAGCGGCCGGGGGGGGUGGUCUUGUGCAGGACGACGAGGUCAGCAGGUACUUGUCGGAGAGGGUGCGGUACGACGUCUCUGCGCUAGACUACUGGCGCACUUCCACAAACAUAGAGGCGCUGAAGCGGAUGGCGAGGGACUAUCUCGCCAUCCCUGCCACGUCUGCUACGAGCGAGCGGGUGUUCUCAUUGGGCCGCAACCUCAUUUCGUGGAAGGGUCACCGCCUGAACACCGAGAGGUCGCGAGCCUGCAUGAUUCUCCGCUCCUGGUAUGGAUCGCACCCUGGACAGAGGAUCGGCGAGGGCCGCCGCCCGAAGGGGGCCGCAGCACUAGAGAUUGCUAUUGAGGGUGAGGGUGUGGAGGAGGAGGAGGAGGAGGAGGAGGAGGAGGAGGAGGAGGAGGAGGAGGAGGAGGAGUAG